AGCAAAUCGAUUCCAUUCAAUUACGUCGCAAUAAUAGGGCGAUAAUAGUCCAAUCAUUAAUAAUGUUAUAAAUUCCAUUCGCGCUAGAUUAAUGGUAGAAAAACAGACUGAAAAGGAUAUUGAGCAGGUGUAGUAUAAUUAAAAGUAAGAUUACAUUUUGCUGUACAGUGAUUUCCGAUACUGAAGAAGUAUUGCCUGAUUAUUAAUACGACAGCAAAACGUGCCAUCGUUUAAGCACACGUUUCAGCGUAAAAAGUGGUGGGAGAAUUUCGGUGAUAAUAUAAAGCUACGUGGUUGCGAUCGAUGUGUCGUAGUCGGUUCUGCAAUUUGCUUCAGUGUCAGCUUCGUUAGAAGUUCACCAUAAUGGCGUCGUCUCUGCGGAGGAAGAGGGUCUCCAUAGUAUCUCUCUCGAAAAGGAUGAAGGUUCCAUCGGUUAAACCGAAAGCAUGGUUCGGAUGUAGACACAGUCAGGUAAUGCUCAUGUGCCUGGGCUUCUUCUGCUGCUACGCCAUCCGCGUGACGACGUCGGUAACCUUAGAGGCGAUGACCAACGCUGCCAGUGCCAAUCCCAAUUUCGAGGAGUUCCGUUGGGACGAAUCGGUGAAGCACAUAAUCCUCAGCUCCUUCUUCUGGGGCUACACCUGCACGCAAAUACCCGCCAGCAUCCUCACCCAGCGAUGGAGCGCCCAGAAAUUGUUUGCGGCGACUCUGAUCAUCUCAGGAUUGCUGACCUUCACCACCCCCUGGGCCGCUCAUUACGGCGGCUGGCAGACGGUGAUCGCCGGGAGGGCGAUAUGCGGCCUCAUCCAAGGUGCUGUACUACCGUGUCUGCACACCCUGCUGUCCAGAUGGUCGCCGCCAGAAGAACGUGGUAGACUUUCAACGUUCGUUUAUUCCGGCGGCUGGAUCGGCAACGUGGUAUGUUUGCUGAGUACCGGCUUCCUCGCGGCGUCGUCCAUCGGCUGGCCUAGCUGCUUUUAUGUCUGGGGAAGCCUCGGCGUCCUCUGCGGAAUCUGUUUCUACCUGUUCGGGCAGGAUUCACCCUCCGAACAUCCUCGCAUACCACUCGACGAGAAGGAAUACAUCGAGACGAGUCUGGGAUUAACUGAGGUUACCGAGAGACCCUCCACUCCAUGGAAACCCAUACUGGGAAGCUUGCCGGUUUGGGCACUACUCAUAGUGCAGUGCGCGCAAUCCUGGGGAUUCUGGAUGCUGCUGACGGAAAUUCCAUCCUACAUGACUUCGAUCAUGCGUUUCGAUAUCACGAAGAACGGUAUGAUGACGGCGUUGCCCUAUCUGUCGGCAUGGAUCGUCGGCUUUCCGAUCAGCAACAUAUCCGAUCUGUGCAUCAGGCGGAACAUCGUGACGACGGAAAUGUCCCGGAAGAUUUGCAAUACAAUCGGACACUGGAUACCGGCGGCCGCGCUAGUUGGGCUGGGUUACGUGAGGCAGGACCAGCCGGAAUUGGCCGUGGGCAUUCUCGUCAUUGCCGUAUCCUGCAAUAUCGCCGCUUUCUGCGGUCACAACAUCAAUCACAUGGACCUCAGCCCGAACUUCGCCGGCCCGCUCAUGGGAUUCACGAAUACCGUCGCGUCUGUAUGCGGCAUCCUCGCGCCGCUGAUCGCCGGGGUGAUCGUCCAGGAUGCGACCAAUAUAUUGCAAUGGCGAAGCGUGUUCUUCCUAUCGGCUGGAAUAUACACUGUGGGCAAUCUAGUCUUCAUUCUACUCGGCACCAGCAAGGUACAAAAGUGGAAUGAUCAAGUUGGAAACAAGCGGGAUAGCGUCGUGCGGAAAAUAUCGAUGGCACCGGUAACCAUCGCGACAAUACAGGAAAAAGACGUUGAGAGAACUCCAUGACAAUCAAAAAAAUAGAGAAACGUUGUGCGAUAUUAUUUGUUGCCUUUUUUUAUAUUUUAUUUUUCGAAUUAUGUGUUUAUCUGUGUGGAUGUGUGACUUGCGUGGUAACUUCUGAAUGACUUAGAAUAUUAAUAUUAUUUCGAAAGCGUAUACAAAAUACGUAUUAAAACGCUUAGACUAGAAAUUGCGUGUAAAUAUCGCUCGAAAAUGUAUAAAAUUCAAGCCGAAUGAUAUAUAGGACGUACCGGAA